AUGGUUUGCAGGUUCUUCAGACUGCCCUUUCUGAUUGGCCUACUAAGCAGCUGUACCGGACUACGGUCGACGGUCAUGGAAUGUGGUGCCCUUGGGUGGGAUGUCAGCUCGCUUACCAACAAUCCGGUCACUCGCAGCUGCGAACCCAAUAGGUUCACGCUGGCUUUUUUGAUAAACCAGCCUCCAGAUGAUUGGAGCUUGGUACGUCGAUACGUCAAGCAGGGCGGUAUUGUGGUUGCAGGACAUUUCUCGCAUGUGGUUUACGCCAACGUCUUCGAGGCCAGAGUCCCAAAGGGAACUUGGCACGGAAGCUGUGAUGGACGAGGCUUUCCAGAACAUUACAAGUUCAACAAAAGUGAUCACUUGUGGCGCACAUUGGUGAAAAAACAUGGGCGCCCGUUGGUGGAAAGUCAUGGGCAAUCAGAUCCGGCCGUGGCAGAAGCAGGGUCCAUGCUCAACUUGUUCAACACAUCGCACCCCACUUCGCGAGGUUUCCGCACGUUGUUGGGCUUGCUGGUUGGAGUGGCAGUGCUUACUGACCGCUCAACAUUGAUGCAAGACGUAGGGGCCUCGAAUCAAGCUUCUCAAAUGGCUGAUGUGCAAGAAGCCGUGAUAGACGAUCUGGUCGAAGCAGCGCGACGAGUCAAUCUCUCUGAAGUGGACAUAGUAGCAGGCGUUGCUACACUCGCGGAGCGAGAGAUUGAGAUUGCAAAUGGCUUGACUAUGAUUACGAAGGCUUUGGUGGUGUUAAAUGCUUCUAGUGGCUUGUCCACCCGUGUGGGUCGCAGCGAAAGUACAGUGAGCGUACCGCCAAACACCCUGAAGCAGCUGCAGAAUGGCACAGCCCCCCUUGCAGUGAGCUUUGGGGUUUAUCCUGACACCACUGAUGAGUUUAAGGCAUUUGAGGCCGGCAGUGACGCUCUGCUGGUUGCCGGCGAGGUCAUCAGCAUUGUAAUUACAGGCCUGGACGGCAAACCAUUCAAAGGCAGGCUGCCCGAGCCAAUAGAGAUCGAACUCAGCACCAAAGUUUUUCAUCGGAGAAAUAAAUGUGUCUUUUGGGAUGAGGAGCUGAACGACUGGUCCACGGAAGGUGUGUCCAUGGUCGAUGUCACGAACCGGUCCACGCGGUGCCUGACGACACACUUGUCUGUGUUCUCGUUGGUGCUCGCAGCGUUGUCGUGCAAUAAUGCAGCCCUGAUCUUUUCGCAAGACGCCUUGGUGGCGCUUGUGUCAACGUCCUGGGCCUGGCAGCCGCCUGCGGUGGUCAACUGGGCGACUCUUCUUUUGGGAUGCUUUCUGAUACACAAAGCGCGCUUAGCUGAUCGACGCUAUGAGGCCCAAAUGAGGCGGCUGCAACUCUGGGCAAAUGAGUGCCACGAAGCAGAGGCCUUCAACCCAUUUGAGCAAAUAAUGCAGAUGUUGGGCAUGAUAGGUCAGUGCCGCACGCUUUUGCGAAGUGGCCUCAAAUCGGUUGCAGACUACACAUAUUCACUGGUGAUCCAGAACAAGUAUGGUGUCAACACCAAGUACUUGGAGAAACUGCACAGAGGUAUUGGCAAGACCCAGGUGCACCGGCAAGCGCAUGAAGAAGUCCAACACUUUCGCAGCGAUUCUUGCAAGCAUCAGUUCUUGAUUCUCUUCUCGGGCUUCUGCAGGUGGACUAAUAUCUUGGCUCCAUCUUGGCAACUGGCCAGCUUGGACCGCUGCCUCCUAUUGUUUGCUAAGCUCUACAGCACAUGGGCCCUAUGUGCUUUCUUCUUUGGAACCACGUCAACAGCACCAGAUCAGGAUCCAGAUUGUGAGCCGCAGGAAGAGUUUUGGGCGAUGCUUGUGCAGAGCACUACUGUUGCGUGGGUUUCGGCAGUCUUUGCAUCAUUGCCACUGCUUUGCCUGAUGCUAGUCAAGAAGGCUGUUGGGAUGACUUCGUCAGCGGCACGGAUUACCUUUCGAACUUUCACUGUCGCCUACGCCAUGUUCUGUUUGGCAGUAGUCAGCGCGACUGAUGCGGAACGAUGGAUGAUCAGCACAGUUGCAGAUGUUGUUAAGACUGCCUUUCUGGCCCCAACAGUUUUUGCAUCAUCGCUCCUGCUGGUCAUGUUCUGUCAGAAGCUGGAGAUGGAGGCGAAGUGGACGGAUCGGCUGAAAAGCAUCAGCCUCAGCCAUGGUCAUAAGGAGAACGUCCGUGUGCAUUUCGAGAAAAUUGAUUUCAACAAAGACCAGCUGGCCAGCAGAGGCUUUAAGGCAGUCAGCUCACUCAAAGUUGAGUUCCCAGGCCACAGCCGACCGGAGCUGGAUUUAUCAAGUGGUCUUACACUCGACGACGUGGAUGAAGGUCAGAUGCUUCUGAUCACCGCUUUUGCAACAAGGUCCAAAAGCUCGAGGCCAGAGCAACUGGGAACAGCCACUUGGAGGGUGGGGCAGGUCCCGGUGCCCAACUUGACUUUCAAGCGCAAGGGCAAGGCUUUGGAUCUUUCAGCAGAGGUGUCAAUGAAGGUGACUCAUGAACUGUGGCACACACUGCCGGCAAGGAGCACUGACAUGUCCUUCAGUGAGCCUCCCCCAACACCUCGAAACGAAGCGGGAUCAGCCCAGAUGGCAGACGCAGAGGAUGAAAACAAUGUGGCAGCUGAGCAACAUGAAUCCCUGCCGCGGCUAGUGCCAAAAUUUCCGCUUUGGCAAGCAUCCGAAGGGCCAGCAGAAGCGCAGGACAUUACGCAAGAGAGGAUUGAAUCAUCGCCAGCCCCUUCCGAAGAGCUCACGGCCACGGCGGCAACAGUCAAUGAAACCAGCGCUAUGCUGAAGGUUCCAUUGCCACAUCGGCCAAGGAACUUUCCCUCAGGUGCCACGCUUUUGGCUCCAGAGUCUCACGAGCCCACAGGAUCUUUGCAGACACUAAGGUCUCUGCAGACUCUAAGCACGGCCACUGAAACGCCCAGGGGGCCAGAUUACCAGCGCUCCCCGCGACCAGGAGGUUCUCCCCAGCCAUCCUCAGCAAAGUCGACUGAGGAGGUGACUCUGGAGCUCUGA